UACACGCUAUUACGCUAGUUGUAAAUUGCCGACAAAAUAAUUAUUUUCACCGUUCCAACUUGUCCCUUCCUAACGUCAGAGUUUUAUGAGGAUUUUUUUUUUUUAAUUCAUACUUGCCAAAGCCCUGACAUGUUUCCCACAAAGGAUGUGGUGUCUCUUUUAAAAGCAAAAACCGCCUGUGGUACCAGAUCUGUCAUUAAAACACCCUCCCACUAUGGGAAUGUCUGUCUCAGAAAACCUGACACUUUCUCUUCCCUCACCUUGAUCAUUGAAGACAUUAUUAUUCUCUCACUUAGACCUAUUUCGUAUGUGCCACGAGCAAGUUGUUUAGUCUUGUAUAGAACGCAACUGAUGGUUAGACUGACUGGGAGUAAUUUGCAUAAGAAGAAUCAAAAGGAGAUUUGCUAACUGCUUUAAGAUCUUGGUGAAGCCGAGGAGUCUGAACAAGGAGCUAACAGUUUUUCAUCUACUAAGGCCUCCUAACACUCAAGCUUUAAAAUGAUGUCCUACAUUAAACAACCACACUACGCAGUGAAUGGGCUAACACUAGCUGGAACAGGAAUGGAUCUACUGCAUUCGGCAGUGGGGUACCCAAACACUCCAAGGAAACAAAGAAGAGAAAGAACGACUUUCACCAGGGCACAGCUUGAUAUUCUGGAAGCCUUAUUUGCUAAAACCCGAUACCCCGACAUAUUCAUGAGGGAGGAGGUGGCCUUAAAGAUAAAUCUGCCAGAAUCAAGAGUGCAGGUUUGGUUUAAGAACAGACGGGCCAAAUGUCGCCAACAGCAGCAGCAAAGCAGUGGACAGGCCAAACCUCGUCCUGCCAAGAAGAAAACUUCCCCAGCAAGAGAGACUAACUCAGAAGCCAGCACCAAUGGCCAAUAUAGUCCACCUCCACCUGGCACAGCAGUGACUCCAUGCUCCACAGCUAGUGCCACAGUCUCUAUCUGGAGUCCAGCCUCCAUCUCACCAAUUCCAGAUCCUCUUUCUGCAGUCAGCACUAAUUGUAUGCAAAGAUCAGCUGGAUAUCCUAUGACAUACAGUCAAGCCCCAGCCUAUACUCAGAGCUAUGGUGGAUCGUCAUCUUAUUUCACAGGCCUGGACUGCAGCUCUUACUUAUCUCCCAUGCACCCACAGCUCUCAGCUCCAGGUGCCACGCUGAGUCCUAUUGCCACUUCCACCAUGGGUAGUCAUCUCAGCCAGUCCCCGGCAUCUCUCUCUGCCCAGGGAUAUGGAACUUCCAGCCUUGGCUUCACAUCGGUGGAUUGCUUAGACUACAAAGACCAAACUUCCUCUUGGAAGCUUAAUUUCAAUGCCACUGACUGUCUUGAUUAUAAGGACCAAAGUUCAUGGAAAUUCCAGGUCUUGUGAAUCAAGUUGAAGACUCCAAAGCUUGAUGUUCACGAAUCUUAAUCAACUAGAUUCAAUGGCAAGGCUGAAGUCCAGCAGUGGGUAGAUAACAAAACACAUCAACUUCAAAACGUCAGUGUCUAUUUCUUGGUAGAAGGACAUGCUGAAAUGUUGUGCUUAGAAAAAAAAACGUCCACUUCUCCAAUUCUAUAUCAAAUUUUCUCCGAUGUUGAUGGGUGUCGUCAGAUCUGGGAUAUGAAAGCACUUCGGUUGAGGGUAAAAAGAACUUUCUGUCGUACCAUACAGCUGAGUCCAGUUUUGGAUUUUGCCUUUGACUAUGCAUUGUGUACAAAAAUGAACAACACCAACUCCUCCACUGUCCUCUCAUUAGUCAUCAGUGUUUAAAUUGACAACUGUUGAAGAUUUGCUAAAUGUUACCAAACUUUCUAGAAAGGAUCUAGAUCUUUGGGAUUUUGAAAAGCUACAAGUAGCAAAAUUCUGUUAUGUCCACCGAAUAAAUUCUAAUCUGCUAUGCCUAUUUCCUCGCUUACAAAUUGUGGCAACACUGUAUUGACGUGUUGCGGGUGGACCAUACAUAACAUGUCUGUUUGAAGUUUGGGAGGUGAUGUUACUGAUGCCAUAAUAACGUAAUAACGGUGGAUGAUUUCUUUUCGCCUACCCAGCCUGUCGCUCUUUAGCCCACAGGAGCUGUCACAAAAUUGUUUAAACCACCUAAGCAGAGCCAUGUAAAUCUGGAUGUAUUUUUUCAUGUAUAUUUUUAAAACCAGUUUAACUUAUUUUAUAAAGAGUCAUAGUCCAUUCCAAGUGGAUGAGGGCUUGUCACCCCCGUUCCUUUAAAAAUUUAAAUGUGUCCCUGUGUACUUGACUUUGUUAUUGUGUAACAUUGUAUAGUGUUGUUGUUAGUCUGUGUGUCUGCUGCCUCAAAUGGUUGCUAAGAGAGAAGAUUGUUCCUAUAGAUCUGUUAUAUUAUUAAUUAUUGUUAUUUGAAAAAAAGUGUGGAAUAAUAUUAAAAUACAGUAAGUCACCCUUGUGUGUUGAUUGUGCAUCUGAUUAAUACUAACAUGUGAGAUUGAGAACUGUAAAGGAAAAACAGAGUAACAGUGACACCUAUAGCAAUAAUUAAAGAGCAUAUAAACCCUAA